AUGAACCACCAACAAUCGCAAUACCCCCACCAAAAAGGGCACAGAGAUGAGCAAUGGAAUUUCGCGCCAAUAUCAUACAUUAAUCCAUCUUUCCCAUUAUACCUGACGAAAACAUCAAAUUCAAUAAUUGCCAGAAGAACCCUUGAUGGGUUCCAAAUUUCAAAUAUAAUAAUAAGAAAUAUGCAAAAUGUUAUAGCAAUAGAUUGGGACUCUAAAACUGGGAAAUAUCUAACUAUAAAUUUCGAUGAUGGUACAUUCCGUAUUUAUGACAUUUUCCAAGAUGGGAAAUUAAUCACCCUAGUAAGACCACAACGUAAUUUAUUGGAUAUCCAUCGAAAGACUAAAGUAGAUAACGCCAUUUGGGAUCGAUUAAUCAUAUUGAACUCCAUACAAGAAUUAGAAUUUAAUCAUGAUAUUACAAAAUUAAUGCCAACUUUGAUUAAAUUCGUAAAGGAUUCAACAAAUAUUUAUAUAGUACCAUAUUCUCACAAUGAAAAGCAAAACAUAUGGAGGGAAUUUCAACCUGUAUCAUCAUAUAAACCUAUCUCAACCAAUAUGGAUGCCAUUGAUAUGACUACAAACCAGGAAGUGGAAAAAUCUAUGAGAUAUUUAGAUUUGCAUAUUAUACAUGUCAUUGACCCAGAUUGCUUCACCAUAGCUAUAAAUGGAACAUAUCAAAUAAACUUGGUACGGAAGACGAUCAACACCACUAAUCGUAAUAAAAUUGUUCGAAUCUUGAAAUCUACUGUGCAUGGAGUUUAUCAUUGUUUCCAUGAAAAUGGAUCCAUACGAUCAUUAUAUUUUUCACAUUUCACUUCUUCCACUUUACACGUUGAAUUAUUAGAAAUAUUUAUGGAAAUCAAUGAAAUGAUUAAAUAUUUCCAAUAUCAUUUAGAUCUAAUAAAUAAGCAUUUAUUGAAAACUUUUACAGAUUUUUUAUACCCUACAAUAUUCGAGGAAAAACAAAACGGAGGAGGAAAUAGUAUGUUACAACAAUUAAAAUUAUCAUUAUUAAGUGGCGAAAUGUCAGAAGAACUCAUUGAAUGGUUAACUUUGAGUAUAGGUGAGAAAAACUUGAAAAAAUGGAAAAGAUUAAGUGAGGAACUUUAUUCAAAAUCUAUUCAAAUCUUUUCAUUAGCUUUAAUACCCGCUUGUGAAUUAACUCUUCUUUUAUCACAAAAAUGUUUGGCAAUAUUAAAUGCCAUUGAAAUUGAGAAGAAGGCAAGAAUAAGGGCAAAAUCUAAAUUAAGUACAAACUCAACUCACACAAAUAUAGAACUAAAUUCAAGACAGGAUAAGAUACUUACCGAAUUUUCACCAAGUUUCUUAGAAUUAAUUGAAAUUUUACAAAAAUUUGGUUCUCGUUGCUUACAAAAUUUACGAAAAAUUAGCUAUAUUGAAAAGCAAUCUAGUUUAUUUUUAAAAUGGUUACAAGAAAUGAUUUUCCAUGCUCUUGAUGAAGAUCAUGUUCCAAAACUUGAUACUUAUUCGAAUCCAAUUAUAUGUUUAGAUUUAUCAAAUUUCCUUAAUAAACUAAUUGUUUUAUCUACAGACAAGAACAAAGAAGAUCGAGAAGAAGACCAAAACCCACUCGUUAAUGAUGAUGAUGAAAAUGAAUUGUUCUGUUCCAUGGAGGAAACAACGACUAUGUUACAGAGGAUAAAUUAUUUAUCCCGUAGUAUUGAUGAAAAAGGCAUCCAACCAACAUUACAACAAUGUCUAUAUCUGGGUCCAAACAUUCAAUUUAUAACGGAGAGAGAAUUUGACCCAUCAAAGGAAAUUACCGUAAAAGACGUAGUAAAAGUUUUAAAUGGUUCUAUUCUAUUAUAUCUUUUACAAGUUAAAUCACUUGAUUCUAGAGAUUUGUUUUAUGUUGGAACAAUAAAUGUUGUCGAUUUAAAACCAAUUUGUCAUCCUAAAUUGAUUCAAUUCCCAUUAACUUCUAAUGAAAUAAUAAAUAUCACUGAUGUUCAAUUAUUGACAGAUAUAAAAUUGGUAUCCACUAAUAGUAAUAAUAAUGAUGAUGAUUCUAUGAUAGAUGAAAUUGGACCAUUUUUCAAUCUCUUUAUAAUGUUUGACACAGUUUCAUCAAUGAACAAUAGGGAGGUAAAUUCGAAAAUUUGGUAUAGGAUCCGGAAAUCCAACGAACAUUAUGGUGUCGUUUCGACGGAAUUGAUUCCAGAUCUUUCAAAUGUCUUUGCAAAUUAA